UCGAAGGUUACCUCAACAGCCCGACCGGAAACAUCAGUUAUCCAAAUAACAUUACGAUUUUGAACUUUGUGGACUUCUUGUUGGUACCAACUUUGGUCUACGAAUUGGAAUAUCCCAGAACCGAAAAAAUACGCCCGUGGUACGUGUUCGAAAAGGCGAUGGCGAUAUUCGGCACAUUCUUUUUAUUGUACAUUAAUACCGAACAAUAUAUUAUUCCCGCAUUGCCGAACGCUUCAACUUCAUUUCUUAACUGUACGGGAUUAUUCGCCGGUCGUAUUGUUCAAAUUGCAAACGUGCGAUCGUUACUCACACGCACUCUUUUUCAAAGGUUUGCGGACAGAGAAUUCUACGACGAUUGGUGGAAUAGUACGACAUGGGAGGAGUUUGCUAGGAAGUGGAAUAAGCCAGUGCAUCAUUUCCUCUUGAGGCACGUCUACCGCUUUUCCAUUGAAUCCUACAAAUUGUCCAAACGUGAUGCAACAUUCAUGACGUUCUUCCUCUCGUCGCUGAUUCACGAAUUGGUUAUGGUGGUUGUAUCAAAAAAGAUCCGAAUGUAUCUAUUUUUCUUUCAAAUGCUUCAACUGCCGCUUAUCGCAAUGAGCAAACUAAAAGUGAUGAAAGACAAUAAAUGGUUUGGGAAUGCAUUCUUCUGGUUUGGGUUAUUCUUGGGUCCACCGUUGCUAGGGAUAUUGUAUUGUCGGGAGGUAUUUUUGGAGUAA